AUGCAGGUUGAUGCCACCCGUUCCCCCGACGAAGUGUUCCAAGCAGUUUCCCCUCUUUUUACCAAGUUUCGUGAGGGUGAUUUGCUUGAUAACACGAAGGCCUUGCUGAAUGCCAUUGACACCGGGGAUUACAAAACGUACUCCAACCUCUCAGACGAACACCUUUCUGCCUUUGAGCCUGAAGCACAAGGUGGCUUGGUCAAGGGCCUGGAGUUCCACAAAUACUAUUUUGAUCGCAGCACAGGGAAUGGCUCUGGCAAGUCGUCUGCUCCUUCGGUGGCUUUGACAAGGUCUUGCACAACACUCUCCUGGUCCUUCCGGGGUUUCUAUGAGAAGGUGCGCUUCUCCACCAUGACAGGGCCAGCGCUACUGGAGUACGAGAAACACGUAGGCGUGGACCCCAUGCUGGAAGGCACUCUCGCCAUCCGUCUCUCUCACCCCCUUGCACCCUCUUUCACCCACUUGCACUCCCGUUCACCACUCUCUCACCCCUGCAAUCCCAGGCGCUACUGGAGCACUGCUGGAGUACGAGAAGCACGUGGGCGUGGACCCCAUGCUGGAAGGCACUCUAUAAACAUCACCCCCUCUCACCCACUUGCACCCUCUUUCACCCACUUGCACCUCCGUUCACCCCGUCUAUCCCAGGCGCUACUGGAGUACGAGAAGCACGUAGGCGUGGACCCCAUGCUGGAAGGCACUCUCGCCAUCACCCCACGCACGGACGGCAAGCAUCACCCGGAGGUGGGUGGGAUGUGGGGGUGCGGGGGUGUGGGGGUGCGGGGGUGUGCGGCUGCGGGGGUGUGGGGGUGCGGGGGUGUGCGGCUGCGGGGGUGUGGGGGUGCGGGGGUGUGCGGCUGCGGGGGUGUGGGGGUGCGGGGGUGCAGGGGUGUGGGGGUGCAGGGGUGUGGGGGUGCGGGGGUGCAGGGGUGUGGGGGUGCGGGGGUGCAGGGGUGUGGGGGUGCAGGGGUGUGGGGGUGCGGGGGUGCAGGGGUGUGGGGGUGCGGGGGUGUGGGGGUGCGGGGGUGCAGGGGUGUGGGGGUGCGGGGGUGCAGGGGUGUGGGGGUGCGGGGGUGCAGGGGUGUGGGGGUGUGGGGGGUUCCGUUGCUGGAGGGCACUCUAGCCAUCACCCCACGCACUGACGGCAAGCACCACCCGGAGGUGGGUGGGGUGUGGGGUGGUGGCACGGGGUAG